AUGACCACCACGAGCAGUUCUGACAUCUUCCAACGCCUCCAUCCACGCGUAUACCUAGAACGCUUCCUAGCAGAGAACGUACGACCCGAUGGGAGGCCGUUGAACGUCGCUAGGGACCUUGCAGUUAACGUUGGCUCAAUAUCAACAGCCGACGGCUCCGCCCUCGUCAGGCUGGGUAAUACGACUGUAGUAUGUGGAGUCAAAGCUGAGAUUGCGGAGCCAGAGUUGGAUGAGGGGGUGCGCGGGUUUUUGGUGCCAAACCUGGAUCUACCAGCGAUGUGUUCCCCGCGGUUCAAGCCUGGUCCGCCGAGUGAAGAGGCCCAGGUGCUUUCGGAUAGACUUAAUGACGCGUUGGUUGCAUCCAACAUCCUCCCCCUCACCUCCCUCUCCAUCCACCCAAACAAAGCAGCCUGGGUACUCUACGUAGACGCUAUAUGCAUAAACUAUGACGGAAACGUGUUUGACGCUGCGCUUAUUGCGAUGGUUGAAGCUUUGAGGAACACACAACUACCAAAAGCGACAUACGACGAAGAAACGGGCCGGACGACAUGUUCGCGAAAGAUCAAAGUCCCACUUGAACUCAACCAUACCAGUUUGCCCGUACCGCUUUCGUUUGGGGUGUUUGAUUCAACACACGUCCUAGCAGACCCAACAUCAUUCGAAGAACCCCUCCUCGACACCACCAUCUCCAUCAUAAUGAGCAACGCCAACCCGGACCGCCUCAUCAGCGUCUCACAGCUCGGAGCUGGGGGUAACGAUGCCCUCCUUACUUGUGUUGAGGCUGCUAGAGUGAGGUGUAGAGAGAUUGUAGGGAGCGAUAUAUAUAAAUGA